AUGUUGUUUGUAUUGUCACUAUUCACUCAACACAAAUCAACUAUAAUGGGGUUGCCUCCUAGAUUAAUGAUUUUCCAUCUGAUUCUAUCCAUUGGUUAUUGUUUCAAUCUUGGCAGAGCCAUUGAUUGUGGUGGAAAUCAAGUUGCAAAUACCAUUAUUGUUGAUCAACAAGGAAGAGGAGCAUUCAACAUGAUUCAACCUGCCAUUGAUUCAAUAAAGAAUAACAAUGAUCAGUGGGUUAAGAUUCACAUAAAUCCUGGAAAAUAUGUAGGACGUGUUAAUAUUCCCAUUGACAAGCCAUGUAUUAUUUUAGAAGGAUCUAAUAGAGGAAAUACAAUAAUUAGUUAUGGUGAUAGAAAUGCAACAACAACAUUCAUUUCAAUGCCAUCUAAUGUGAUUUUGAGUGGCAUUACAUUUGAGAACACAUUUGGAAAUAACAGUCCAGCAAUAGCUGCUGCUAUAAAUGGUGAUAAAACAUCAAUAUUUAAGUGUGGUUUCUUAGGUUAUCAAGAUACUUUAUUCGAUGGUUAUGGGCGUCAUUAUUAUAAGAAUUGUUAUAUUCAAGGUGAAAUUGACUUCAUUUUUGGUUUUGCCCAAUCUUAUUUUCAGAGUUGUGUGAUAAACGCAACACAAGAUAGUUCGUUACCUCCCGGUUUUAUCACAGCCCAAUCUAGGAACUUACCAACUGAACGAGGUGGUUUUGUUUUUAGAAAAGGUUUUGUUACUGGAAUUGGUAAAGUGAAUUUAGGAAGAGCAUGGGGUCCUUACUCAAGAGUUAUAUUUUGGGGAACGGACCUUUCUUCUGUGGUACUUCCUGAAGGAUGGGAUGCUUGGAGCUACAAAGGCAAUGAAAAAAACUUCACCUAUGCGGAAGUUGAUUGUACAGGACCAGGGUCCAAUAUUCAAGGGCGUGUCCCAUGGGAGAAGAAGCCAAAUGAAAUAAAUAUACAUGAUUAUUCUUUACCAAUUUUCAUAAAUCAAGAUGGAUGGCUUAACAACUUACCAUCUACAUUUUCCUAUAAAAAAAAGAAAAACUUACCAUCUACAUUUGUGUAA